AUGCCAGACAUGAAAUAUAUUUUAGUUACUGGCGGUGUAAUUAGCGGUGUAGGAAAAGGUGUCAUCGCAAGUUCUUUUGGAACAAUUUUAAAAAGCUGUGGUAUAGAUGUAACGUCCAUUAAAAUUGACCCGUAUAUUAAUAUUGACGCUGGUACUUUUUCUCCAUACGAACAUGGUGAAGUUUACGUGCUUGAUGACGGUGGUGAGGUCGACCUUGAUCUUGGCAACUACGAACGAUUUUUGGACAUUACACUGCACCGGGAAAAUAACAUUACUACCGGGAAGAUUUACCAACAGGUCAUAGAACGUGAGAGGCGAGGAGAUUAUCUUGGGAAAACAGUACAGGUAAUUCCCCACAUAACUGAUGCUAUCCAAGAAUGGGUCCAACGGGUGGCACACAUUCCUGUCACACCAGACAACACUCCACCUAAAGUAUGCAUUGUGGAGUUGGGGGGGACCAUAGGUGAUAUUGAAGGAAUGUCAUUUGUUGAAGCAUUUAGACAGUUCCAGUUUAGAGUGAAAAGAGAAAAUUUCUGUUGUGCUCAUGUCUCCUUAGUUCCAAUGCCUAAAUCAACAGGCGAACCAAAAACAAAACCAACACAAUCUUCAGUCCGGGAAUUGCGAGGACUGGGGUUAUCACCAGAUUUAAUAUUGUGCCGUUCUGAAAAACCAAUCAAUCAUACAGUAAAAGAAAAAAUCUCAAACUUUUGCCAUGUUGGACCAGAGCAGGUAAUAUGCAUUCACGAUUUGAGCUCAGUUUACCAUGUUCCUCUGCUUAUGGAAGCACAGGGUGUCGUACAGUAUCUUAAUGAAAGGCUCCAGCUAAAUAUGUCGGUGCCUCGUCCAGGAAGGUUCAUGCAAAAGUGGCGCAACCUCGCCAAGAGGGUCGAGAACCUUCGGAGGGAGGUCAACAUAACACUGGUCGGCAAGUACACCAAGCUCGAGGACAGCUACGCCAGCGUCACGAAGGCGCUGCAGCACGCGUGCAUCGCGGCGGGCUACAGGCUCAACCUGACCUACGUGGAAGCAGUCUCCUUGGAGAGGCAGACCAAGGUCGACGAUCCGGUCAGCUACCACAAGGCCUGGCAGGACCUUUGUAAGUGCGACGGCGUAAUAGUGCCAGGCGGAUUCGGCCAAAGGGGCAUGGAGGGCAAGAUCGAGGCGUGCCAGUGGUGCCGCGAAACGCAGAAGCCAAUGCUGGGCAUAUGCCUGGGUCUGCAGGCGGCCGUGGUGGAGUUUGCGAGGAACGUUCUGGGCCUUAAAGGCGCAAACAGCACGGAGGUGGACCCCCAAUGCGAAGAUAAGCUGGUCAUCGACAUGCCGGAACACCACCCGGGUAACCUCGGCGGUACUAUGAGGCUGGGGAAACGCAAGACCUAUCUGGAGCCCAGCUUGAUCUCGCAACUGUACAAGAAGGACGUGAUAGAGGAGCGUCACAGGCACCGGUACGAAGUGAACCCCGAGUACAUAGAGCGGCUGGAGGCGGCCGGGCUGCGGUUCGUCGGCAAGGACGAGAGCAAAACGCGAAUGGAGGUCGCCCUAGUGGAGAGCCACCCUUACUACGUGGCUGUGCAGUUCCACCCGGAGUACCUAUCGCGGCCGCUGUCCCCCAGCCCACCGUUCCUAGGAUUAAUACUCGCGUCACUUGGUAGACUCAAAAACUACAUGUCCAAAGGAUGCCGUCUCAGCCCCAGAAACCAAUCGGAUGUUAGCUCAGAUGAAGAUGACAUUUCAGUAUCGUCCCUUAGUUUAAUUGAAGAAAAAACUGUCAUUGAAAAUGGCAAGCAUGUCAAUGGUGUUAAGAAU